AUGAGCCAAGACUUCUGGCAAGACUGCCUGCAAUUGUUCCUACAGUCGGAGACAUGCAGUGAUGCAGCAGUUGUCACCAACUGUCCACCCUGGCUAUUAGCUGCUUGCCCUGAAGGUAACUUGAUCCAGAUGACCCAGGAAGAAGUUCAGACCUUACUGGCAAAAGACCAGCGAGAAAAGCUGUUUCUCCAGGGAGUCACCCUUGCUGGGAUCAAAUGCCUGCUAAUCCGAGACAACCUGUUCACCGUGGGUAACAACAGCAUGGACCUGCGUACCAAAGGUCAAAGCAGAAGUAGCCAGGCUGUGACAGUAGUUCAGAUGGGAUCUGUGUACCUUGUGGUGAUGGGGAAAAAGGGGACCGAAGGAGGACCUCUCAAUCUCAAAGCUUUUGAGAUAUCAGGCUACAUGAGAGAGGCCAUUCUUAAACAAAUUUCCCGCUGCUAA